AGCAGGUAUCAUAGUAGCAAAAUUUAACCAAGCAAGCGAUUUAUACAUCAUUUCAUUAAAAUGUUUAAACAAAAUGUAUAGAUUUAAAUCAUUAGAGGUUUCUUUAUUUAUAUUAUUUUACUAUGCAUUUUCCAACUAAAUAAUGCAUUAUAGUAUGAGAAAUAAAAUAGUAUAAAGAGAAAAUGUUUCUGAAAUCACCCAACUAAAAACACCAAUUCCAUUUUCAACUCCAAUUAUUAAGAGUAUUAUAUUUGAAAUAAUUAUUCGAUGAUUUGAUUCAUCAUAGCUCUCACUGUACGUCAAGUACAAAAUUAAAAACAUUAUAGGUAAAACUAGUUUAUAAAUUACAAUAAUUUUCACCCAUAAUUAGUAAUUAAACUCUCUGAGUUCUGGUAAAAAGCAAUCAAAGUAAG